GCGGGCGGGCGGGCGUGAGGGCAGGGAGGACUUAGUUUUGGAUUAUUUGGUUGUUUUUUAAAAGAAAAGCCCUUUUUUUUUGCCCGCCCGCUUUCCCUCCGCUUUAAUAUAUGCUUCUGGAGAGCGACGUCCCCCUGCGCCGCCUCACCGCCCAGCCAUGUCGGCGGCCAUCUCUGCCGCGGAGAAAGUGGAUGGCUUCACACGGAAAUCGGUGCGCAAGGCUCAGAGGCAGAAGCGCUCGCAGGGAUCCUCGCAGUUCCGCAGCCAGAGCAGCCAGGUGGAGCUCUCGCCGCUGCCCCAGCUCAAAGAUGCCACUUUCAAUGAACAGCAAGAUCUUUUCUGUCAGAAGCUGCAGCAGUGUUGCGUGCUCUUUGACUUCAUGGACUCAGUUUCAGAUCUGAAAAGCAAGGAAAUCAAGAGAGCAACACUGAAUGAACUGGUUGAAUAUGUUUCAACGAAUCGUGGCGUGAUUGUUGAAUCAGCUUAUGCUGACAUAGUGAAAAUGAUUAGUGCUAAUAUUUUCAGAACACUUCCACCUAGUGAUAACCCAGAUUUUGAUCCAGAAGAAGAUGAACCAACUCUUGAAGCCUCAUGGCCCCACAUACAGUUGGUGUAUGAGUUUUUCCUGAGGUUUUUGGAGAGCCCAGAUUUUCAGCCUAGCAUUGCAAAGCGAUAUAUUGACCAGAAAUUUGUACAACAGCUGUUGGAGCUGUUUGACAGUGAAGACCCACGGGAACGUGAUUUCCUAAAGACAGUUCUUCAUCGAAUCUAUGGGAAGUUCCUUGGCUUAAGAGCAUUCAUCAGGAAACAGAUUAACAACAUUUUCCUCAGGUUUAUAUAUGAAACAGAGCACUUCAAUGGUGUUGCUGAACUUCUUGAGAUACUAGGAAGUAUUAUCAAUGGUUUUGCACUGCCCCUGAAAGCAGAACACAAGCAGUUCCUUAUGAAAGUUCUGAUUCCCAUGCAUACUGCAAAGGGAUUAGCUUUGUUUCAUGCACAGCUUGCCUAUUGUGUUGUACAGUUCCUGGAGAAAGAUACAACUUUAACAGAGCCUGUAAUCAGAGGACUGCUCAAAUUUUGGCCAAAAACUUGCAGUCAGAAAGAGGUCAUGUUUUUAGGUGAAAUUGAAGAAAUCUUAGAUGUAAUAGAGCCCACACAGUUCAGAAAAAUAGAAGAGCCUUUAUUUAAGCAAAUCUCCAAGUGUGUGUCAAGUUCACAUUUUCAGGUUGCAGAAAGAGCUUUGUACUUCUGGAAUAAUGAAUAUAUCCUUAGCCUGAUUGAGGAGAACAUUGAUAAAAUCCUGCCAAUUAUGUUUGGCAGUCUCUACAAGAUCUCCAAAGAGCACUGGAACCCAACUAUAGUGGCACUGGUGUAUAACGUGCUGAAAACUCUGAUGGAAAUGAAUGGCAAGCUUUUUGAUGAGCUCACAAGCUCAUACAAAGCAGAAAGGCAAAGAGAGAAAAAGAAAGAACUUGAACGUGAAGAGCUGUGGCGAAAGCUGGAGGAGCUAAAGCUUAAGAAGGCCAUGGCAGAGAAGCAGAACAGCACUCACAGUGUGCUGAAUGCACACAACCCAAGUGCCAAAUAAAGGAAUGAGCCCCCUCCAGGGGGCAGGCAUACUUCUUGGCUUUUUUGUACCCUUUUGAAAUAUUGUAAGGAUCUGCACAAGAAGUCUCACAACAGAA